UAGCAACACCAUCACUAUCUCGAGUCCCCGCCAUCACGAGUCUCAUGUCCAGCCUCACGUUCGUCUUCGGCCCUGAAUCAAUUGCAUCUCUGCUGUGCACGCGAACUGCGCGCAAACGACGCGGCGAAAGCCCGGUCCCUUCGAGCCUGCCGUUCCGCUACCAAUGAUGACCAACAGGCAACAUGGAUGGGGAUUGGGACGAGGUCGCCCGCAUACCGUUUCCGCCGCCGGGGAUUCGCGCCUUGCCGACACCCGUAACGUGUCUAGCAUUUGAUAUUACCCAGGAAUUGUUAUGGACGGGAAAUGAAUAUGGUAGAGUUACUUCUUUCUACGGUGCUAAGCUUCAGCAAUACACGUCCUUCAAAGCCCAUAGCUCGCAAGAUGGCGGCGUCCUCCAGAUCCUAUUCAAUGACAAGGGUGUCAUUGCUCUCGGCGCACGCAGCGUGCAUAUGCGAAACAGACGGGGGAUACCAAUAUGGUCUAUUAGACACGAUGAUAUGAAAGAAUCCCGGUGCAUGAGUUUCACUUCUAAGGGGACGAGCGAAAUUCUAGUCGCCGGUGAACAGGACAAGAUGCUGGUAAUCGAUACUGUUAAGGGGGAGGUGACGAAGCAAAUAUCGACGGAACACAGAUAUAAAAUCAUGCGCAGGAGUAGUCGCAAUAUCUGUGCUGCAACACCUGGCGGCUCGAUACACAUAAUCGACUCCAUCAAUUUCCAGGUUCUCAAGAUCUGGAACGCUCAUACUGCUGCUAUCAACGACAUGGAUGCCCAGCACGAUUUCAUUGUCACGUGCGGCUACUCUCUUAGACAACAGGGCAACUAUAUGCCUGAUCCCUUCGUCAACGUCUUCGAUCUGAAAAACAUGGUCUCCAUGUCUCCCAUCCCUUUUCCAGCCGGUGCUGCUUAUGCGCGCAUGCAUCCCCGCAUGUCUACCACGAGCAUCGUCAUGUCCCAGAUUGGCCAGAUGCAUGUUGUUGACCUGAUGAAUCCCAACACUAGUAAUGUACGUCAAGCUAACAGCCUGUCAUAUUUUUCCAUGAUCGAAAUUGCACCAUCGGGCGAAGCUGUGGCGCUAGCUGAUGGCGAUUGCUCUAUACACCUUUGGGGAUCUCCUAGUAAGAUUCAUUUUACCGAGUUUGGUCGGCCCGUGGAAAUGGCUGAUACACCAUCUGCCGUACCGAGGAUAGAAUUUGACGCGUAUGACAAGCCGUUAAGCUCUGUCGGUAUGCCGUACUAUAGAGAAGCACUCCUAUCGGCAUGGCCGGGCAACAUGGUUACUGAAGUUGGGCUUCCACCUGUGAAGAUUGAUCCGCAGGUUCUAGCCACUCUUCAGGAGAGGGAAUGGGGAUAUUAUGGAAAGAACACCCGUCCACUUCGGCGCAACCAGGUGGAGGACGUACGCAGUAGCGAGAGCCCCCAGAAGACGUUGAAGCAUCCAAAGUUCCUGAGUGAAAGGGCCCGUGAGCUCGCUAAGUCACCCGCUGGCACACCUGCCCCUGAAGAAGUGAUCCCGGACAUCCCGCUCAUCGUGCAUGAUAGUAAGCUCGAGAGCCAUAAAAUCGAAGUACCUGAACUGUACCAGCAUGUGGAAAUCAAGUACAGCAAAUUUGGUAUUGAUGAUUUCGACUUUGGGUACUUUAAUAAGUCACAGUAUUCUGGACUUCAGAAUCAUAUCGUUAAUGCCUACGCAAACCCGUUGCUACAAAUCAUGCAUUACACUCCAUUAAUACGGAAUAUUGCGCUCCAGCAUGCGGCAACGGCAUGUGUCGAUUCGAAGUGUCUACUUUGCGAGCUGGGCUUUCUUUUUGACAUGCUCGAUAAAGCUGAAGGAGAAGCCUGCCAGGCAUCCAAUUUUACCAAGACCUUGAGUUAUCAUCCGGAGUCUCGAAACCUAGGGUUGCUGGAAGAAGAACCGCACGGCACCCACCGCACCUUCGUAUUACAGCAGUUGGCUAGGUUCUUGCUGCAGCAAAUGUCAAAUAAUUUCAGCACCAUGGUCGAAAAGAACCACCAGAGUUUCGGUGCUGAUCCGCAGUCGCCCAGCGCAUUCGAAGAGCUAUUCCGGACUUCCGCAGUUAAUACCAUAAGAUGUAUAAAUUGCAGAAAUGAGACUACGAAACCAGAUAACACCAUGGUCAAUGAGCUGAUAUAUCCACAAAAUGUGGGUAAAGCUGGUUCUUUCUCCGCGUCCAGCGAGAGGGUAGCUAACACGAAGAAGAAACCUGGCCAGAGAAACACACGUGUUAGGGGCACGGCAUUCUCACAGGUCUUGAAAUUGAGCGUGGAAAGAGAAACAACAAACAAGGGCUGGUGUAACAUCUGCCACCGUUAUCAAACAUUGGCGACAAGAAAGAUCAUCCAUGAGAUACCUAGUGUGCUGAUGCUCACUGCUGCUAUUCAUACAGCUGAACAUCGCCAUCUCUGGGCCACGCCCGGCUGGCUGCCGGAGGAGAUUGGCAUCAUUGUUGACAAUGGAAACUUUUUUUGUUAUGAGGGGGAGGACUUGAAGUUACACCUACAACGCGGCAUUCAUAACAUUACAGUUUACUCUCUCACAGGUCUCGCCGUGAACAUCGAUGGUGGGAAACAGCAACAAUCUCACCUUGUGGCUAUGGCGAAUGUCGCACAUUCGGCACCAACGGCGCCAAAUAAGAGUCAGUGGUACCUUUUCAACGACUUUCAUGUUAAACCUAUUCCGACCAAGGAAGCACUGGCUUUCAAUACGUCGUGGAAGACACCCUCUGUUAUCAUAUAUCAGGUGAAGGCAGCCAACAACCAACUUGACUCUAGUUGGAAACAGAAUCUCGAUGCUAGGCUUUUAUAUAUCGAUCUGUUAGGUGAUCGGGGGGAUAAAACAUAUCGGACACUCAGCCGUGAGGACGAACCCGCUAGGCCUGAUACAAUUGUUGCCAUAGACACCGAAUUUGUCAAGAUUGCGCAGCCAGAAGUGGAGGUACACUCAGAUGGCAACUCCAAAAUCAUCCGGCCAACAGUUCACGCUCUCGCGAGAACAUCAAUCAUUCGUGGGAAUGGCAUGGAUGAAGGCGUGCCAUUCAUAGAUGACUACAUCGAAAUUAAUGAAAAGGUAGUAGAUUAUCUAACAUCAUACUCCGGUAUCACACCUGAAGACCUAGACAAGGACAUUGCCGCGGAGCGGGGGCAUAACUUGGUGCCACUAAAAUUUGCAUACAAGAAGAUCUGGAUCCUUCUCAAUCUCGGCUGCAAGUUCCUCGGGCACGGCCUCAAGCAGGACUUCCGCGUCAUCAACAUCCACGUGCCCAAGGCCCAAGUCAUCGACACGAGCGACCUCUUCUACAUCAAGGAGCGGCUACGCAAGCUUAGUUUGCAGUUCCUCGCGUACACGAUCCUGAAAGAAGACAUCCAACUACACACGCACGAUUCAAUCGAGGAUGCGCGCACAGCACUCCGUCUAUACCGCAAGUACCAAGAAUACGCCGAGGCUGGCAUUCUUGAGACCAUGCUUCAGGAGAUAUACGCGAAAGGGUUGGCGUCAAAUUUCAAACCGCCUACGAAGACGGGCACGGGCACGGGUGCUAGCAUUCCUAUUCGUACUGAUACGCCGCCCGUCAAUGAUGGUGCCCGCGGUGCGACUCCUGGCGCUUCGACUAGUGGCGGGAGUGGAACUGGGACGGCGCCUUCGACGCCGUCUAAGAAAUCGGGGAUUGGAAUUACGCCUAUUUCUACGCCGCUUAGGGAGUCUAGUUCAGGGUGAUUGAUGUUGGUUCCUUUCUGAUAGUCUGGUAGCUAGCUACUUAACUAGUCUUCAUUCUCCUCUCCUUCUCUUUCCUGUAGGGGGGUAGGGACUGGUUAAGCAAGGGCAAGAAAAGGAAAGGAAAGGGCAGGAAUGAAAAGAACAGUGUAGAAGCGAGCUAGAGUAGCGAGGUAGAAAAUAGAUAAGAUAGAUGGCAUUCGUUCUAUCGAGAUGAACGAGAUGGUAAUCAGGUGGUUGGGGGUUGUGGUAAUAGAUUGGAGUAAACAAAUGAAAAAGAAAAGAUACAAGAAGAAACAAAUAAAUAAAAUUAUAGAAUUCAAUAUCAGAUUAACGAAUUAAGUAAUAAAAAA